AUGUCAGAAAACGAAACCAAUCCGGAAAACAUUGCCGAUGAAAGCUCGCCCCAGAAGCGCCCUGUUUCAGCGCCUGCUUUGUCUUAUCUCGUCUCGCUUCUCCUCACCUCUGCUGACCUCACUAAGCUUGAGCGGUUUACCGCUAAAGUCUCUUCCGCCUCUGGUGCGAAACCAUGCGCUGUCAAAGCCGGCUUGGAGUCCAUCGAAGCCAACGCGUACGCUAAUGUCGACACCCAGCAGUACUUGCCGCUUAUAACCACCACGGUUCGGCGCACGGUGCGGUUUGCGGUGAUCCUAGGCACCAUCAUCGUUUCAUUCAAGAAGCUCACCGCGAUCAAAUCGCCAAUUAGACCGUUUAUCGAUCUCGAGCGGAUUGCAAAGUUAUCUGCGCUCUUAGGGUUUGCGCUCACGUCCCACCCGUUGCUCAGCAAAACCAUCAAGGAUGCGUUCAACACGGUGGUUGACAUGGAUUCUGGGGUCACUUUGGACAAUGCCAGAAAGCAGAAACGCGUCCAGGUGGUGGAGUUCCUCACCAACUUGUCUACGGGGUUGCUUUUCUCCAAGAUGGGCUACUCGUACCGCGACUACCUCGCGGUCUACUUUGCGCAGGCGCUCUUCAUGAAGGGGAAGACCCGCGCGGUCAAGGUCGGCUCCCGCUCCGGCUCCUUGCUCUGGGAAUUCUUGCCUUCCCAGCUGACAUUGUUCCCACUUAUUUUUGCCGCCACCAUCGGGGAAAACUUGCAGAACUACUACCUCAACGGGACUUACCUUCCAGGCCACUUCACCAAGUUCUAUGACCUCUUCAUGCUGCCGUUGGUGCAGGUUCCAGAGUAUUUGAACAAGCCAUACGGCUGGCCAGAGGCCAAGUUGUUAAUCCGCGAGGCGUUGGUGACCAACCCCAAGUUAAACUUCGGGGGCGCCAUUAUCUCUAAGAGCGUUUUGACGACAAAUUCUGAAAGCACCUUUGCUGUGAUCAAGGGAAUGGCCAGUCCAAUGCACCUGAACACCAUCCACGCGAUCCUCAACCCCUUCAGCACGUCCUGGAAGACUUUGGCCAAGGGCUUGCCAAAGAGCUACUUUGGCGUCUGGAAGAUCUUGUUCGUGGUCUAUCUCUUCUUCAAGCGCAAUCAGAUUUUUGCCAAGGUUGCGGAGUCGUCUGAAAAGGCCGCCACCGCGCUGGAAAAGUGGAAAAAAACGGUUGUGGAAGCGGUCAAGGCGUCCGCGCGCACUACUAACUUCUUCCUCUCCAUCACCGCUAUCUCGUUGGCGUUGAUUGCCUCCAAGAAGACGCCACUCGCCACCAGCAAGCGGUUUGUUAGCAACCCGAAGCUCAGACUCAGGGUCACCGGCUUCGUGUCCGCGUUGUUGGCGCUCAAGGCUGCCCCAAACUCCGCCGCCUUCCACGGCUUGAUGUUGUACAACAUCAGAUGGACCGUGUUGAGCAAGUUGCGCGAACUCAGCGUGAAGCACGGCAAGCAGUAUGACUACGGCUUGAACGUCGCCGCGUGGGUGCUCAUGUUGAAGGUUUUGAGGGCUGAGGACGGGAUUUUCGGCAAGUUGGCCCAGGGCGUCAAGAACGGUGCGCCGUUCUUGGGAUAA